AUGGCUCGCGUGCAGACCAAGAUUCAUUACAAGGGCGAGUACGAGGACUUCCUCGUUUUCGUGGACGACCAGGCGGACUACGAGAAGUGGAAGAAGGACUCGUCUGUGCCUCUCACCCACUUUGUCUCUACAUUUACUGUCUUCACAACCCAGCGGCACGGCGUGCAGGGCCCCGUGAACGCGGCACCCCACAGCACACUGGACAACGAGUUCGGCACACAUAAUGAGGACGAGGUUAUCAAGAUCAUUCUCGAAAAGGGUACUCUACAGGAGAGCGAGGCACCUGAGCGUCUGGGCAUCCGGAACGAGACCCAGGGUCCCCGUGUUGCUCACUAA